GAUUGGAUUGCAACAUCUCUUGGACAAGCCAAUCAGCGAAGGCUCCGGAGAAAGCAGAGCUGGAUGACGGCUUUGAAAUGGGAUGCCAGUGAGAGCAGAAAAACGGAGGAUCCAUGCCAGAAACCCGCAGCACCAGAAAAAGAAAAGGAGAGAGAAAAAUUGAGAGCCCUUCCACUCUGUGAAGAGGGGAAGUCCAGCGAAGCUGGCAUUCUGGUAGAGACAAUGACGUUUUAUUAUUUGCAACUUCAGCCCGCCGCUGGCCCUCUCGCGGACGAGCGGAGAACCAGAGGAGCGGGGAUGGCAGCGGCGGCGGCGCAGAAACGGUGGCAGGGACUGUCGUCCUCGAUGCGUGAAGCCGUUUUAACGAAAAAAGUACCAGCAGGACAGCGAAAUGGUGCCUUCGUGACCGUUCGACUGUUUGCAGUUGGCAUUUCACUGAUAACUGAUCCAGGGCUAUUGCCUUCACCGAUAAAACGCCAGUACGUCACUCCCGUGACGUACAGGCAAUUUGGCAAUUUGGUGCCGUAGAGGCCUCCUGCGUUGAAGCUUCGAACAUAUCAUGGCGCCCUCCGGUGGUGGACGCUAGAGUGUCCGAAUAGUACAAGUCCCACGGCCCCGCACAAUGACAAACCUGUUCAGGUGGCUGUUUGCCUCUGCAAGCGGCUAUUAUUUGUGCGUUUGUGUGGUCACGACUCAAAAUGUGCCACCCACGUAGUCAUCACCACACAUCGUUACCCCGGAGACCCGAGCUCGCUGCAAGCUAGUAAUUCUUCCUUCGUCCAAGCACGUCGGGACCGGGAGCAAGAAGCGCAGCCAACGUCUCCAUCGAUGGUACUGUUGCAUUGUGAACUGUCAAAAACAAGAAGGGCUUAACCCCGGAGUAAACUUUUACAGAUUCCCAUUGAAACCGUGCAAAGUCGAGCGGAGGGAAUGAUACUAGCCGCCCAGCACACUGAGUAAGCUCGCCGUCCAGGUUGUUCUGCUAAACAUGGCCACUCAAUCAAGCGGCCGUGGCAGGCAUUGAAACGUGUGUCGUGCAAAUUUUACGAACAUGAAAACGCUAUACUGUCCGACCAGUGGAGUGAUCUGAUUAAACCACAUGUUUUGCAAUACGAGAUCAGCAAUAAAAGAGCUCGAGAAGCAGCAUGCAGUGGGAACCCCUUGCUCGAUUGACAGACGGCCGGUCGCCGCUCGAUCGCUUGCGUCUGCUUUUGAGCGUUUUUGAGGUUGGUCAUCAGCUGAUCAUGUUGGCUGUAUGGUGCGACUGCAGUUUGGGAGUUUUUGCUUACAGUUACAAGGCACAUUGCUGUAUCUCAUAUUGCUUGCCUCAAGCUCGACAUCAUAGGAAGCUCGCUGUUCUUCCAAGUGACAGCGCUUCUACACCAUAUUUACGGCUUCUUGUACGGUAUAGACGCAGCUUGCAGUAGCAUGCAUUGCUGAGUUUCUUCUCUUUAGGAAGUGUUGAGGAGUGUAAGAAGCUUUCCACGUUAGAAGUUGGCUUGAUUCCGCGCCGUAAAACAAUCACAAAGGGAAAAAAUUCAUACUGCCGGCUAACGUUUUCACGCGGGACAAAUUCAAAUGCGCAAGUUCGUACUAACCAAUAUCAAUAAACAAAUCGUAGAAGGCGUUACAAGCCAGUGUUUCCCAGUGCCGUAUAUGUAGAGAGUUUGGCCAUUUGUUGGGAAGUAUAGGAGACAAACAAGGAGACGCCAUUGGCCGAAAGAAGGCUGGGCAUGUUCCAGGGCAUCUUCACAAACUCGAAUGUGGCCAUUCAGGAGCCGGAAAUAAUACCCUGGUGGU